AUGAGGAAAUUUGAGUUUUUCUUACUUUGUAUUUCACUAUUGAUUGUGUUUUCGUCAUUUUCUGUUUCUUAUGGUCAUGGCCAGGUUUCUGGUUCUGGUUCUGGUUCUGGGCAGGUAAGUUUUGAAACUUCUUUUCAAGGUAAACAUAGUGCUUCUAUGUCUGCAAGCAAGCAAGGUUCUGCAAGCCAACAAGGUUCUGCAGGCCAACAAGGUUCUUCAAGCGAACAAAGUUCUUCAGGCCAAAGUUCUUCAAGCCAACAAAGUGCUUCAGGCCAACAAAGUUCUUCAAGCCAACAGAGUUCUUCUGGCCAACAGAGUUCUUCAAGCCAGAGUUCUUCAGGCCAACAGAGUUCCUCAGGCCAACAGAGUUCUUCUGGCCAAAGUUCUUCAGGCCAAGACAAAAAAGAAAGUACUGCUGCUACUGGCCAACAAAAUUUGUCAGGCCAAAGUUCUUCAGGCCAACAAAGUUCUUCAGGCCAAGACAAAAAGGAAAGUACUGCUGCAGCUGCUGGCCAACAAAGUUCAUCAGACCAAAGUUCUUCAAGCCAACAAAAUUCUUCAGGCCAAGACAAAAAGGAAAGUACUGCUGCAGCUGCUGGCCAACAAAGUUCAUCAGACCAAAGUUCUUCAAGCCAAGACAAAAAGGAAAGUACUGCUGCAGCUGCUGGCCAACAAAGUUCAUCAGACCAAAGCCAACAGAGUUCUUCAGGUCAAGACAAAAAGGAAAGUACUGCUACUGCUGGCCAACAAAGUUCGUCAGGCCAAGACAAAAAGGAAAGUGCUGCUGCUAGCCAACAAAGUUCGUCAGGCCAAAGUUCUUCAAGCCAACAAAGUUCUUCAGGCCAAGACAAAAAGGAAAGUACUAUUGCUGGCGAACAAAGUUCUUCAGGCCAAAGUUCUUCAAACCAACAAAGUUCUUCAGGCCAAGACGAAAAGGAGAGUACCGGGCAACAAAAUGAGAAAUCUUCUUCUGCCCAAGAGAACCAGAAAAACAAUCAAAAUGCUUCCCAAGAAAAUCAAAGCAAUUCCUCUUCUGGCCAAGCUAGUGAUAAAAAUGCAUCCUCAUCCAGCCAAGAAAACAAAAAUAAGUCUAAGUCUCAAAAUAACGAUGGUUCUAGCCAAGAUAAAGGCCAGAACACUUCUGCUUCCGAUCAACAAAAUCAAAAUAAUUCCAUUUCUACCUCCCAACAAGCUUCUUCCAGCCAACAAACUCAAAGUAGUGCUGCUGCUUCUGGCCAAGCUAACGGCCAAACAACUGUUUCUUCCAGCCAACAAACUCAGAGCCAAGGCUCCUCUGCUUCAAAUUCAAGUAUCAACUUCCAAGGACAGUUUGCAAAAGUUUAUGCUUUCGGAGACGCAUUUACCGAUACUGGAAAUGCUGCCACCAUGGAUGGAUUCAAAUCCUUUGUUGGUAAAAUGUUUGGCAAGUCAGAUGGCCAUAGAAUGAGCAAUGGUAAAUUGCUUAUCGAUUUCCUCUGCGACGAUCUUGGUUUGCCUUCAUUACAAGGAUAUAAGGAAAAAUCGGCUAACUUCGCUGGUGGCGCUAACUUUGCAAUAGCAGGAUCAACUUGUCUUUCAGCAGAUGCCUUUGCUACUAACAAAAUUACACAUUCUUUAAUGUUUAAAGCAAAACCUGAGAGCACCUUGACUGAAAUAGAUUGGUUCAACAAGUUUCUUCUAGGUGUGGAUUGUAAGGAUAAGGAUGAGGCACAAUGCAAAGCUCACUUAGCAAACUCCCUCUUCUGGGUUGGUGCUCUUGGCCUUAGUGAUUAUGCACGCAUAUUUGGAUCUUCUUUAUCUGCUAAAUCACUUACAGAAGCAUCUAUGGAUCAUGUUGGCAAAAUUCUCAAGGCAAUUCUGGAUAGAGGUGCAAAGUAUAUUGUGGUUCAAGGACUUCCACCAGCAGGUUGCUGCCCAUUACAAUUGCAACUGAACCCACCAAGGGAUCGCGACAAUAUGGGAUGUUCAUCAGGCAUGAACGCAUUGAUACAAGCUCAUAAUGAUUUCCUCCAGAAGAAGUUGGGAGAAAUUCGGUCACAGUACAAAGAUGCAGUGAUCAUAUAUGCAGAUACCUGGAAUGCAUACAAAACAAUAUUGGUUAACUAUAAGAAAUUCCAAUUUGAAGAGCCCUUCAAGGCAUGCUGUGGAGCUGGAGGAGGACUACUCAACUUCGACUUGCAUUCUCUUUGUGGAUCAACUGGCACCAGUGUCUGUAAGAAUCCACAAUCCUACAUCAGCUGGGAUGGGAUUCACUUCACUGAAGCUAUGCAUAAACAACUAGCUGAACUUUUCUUCAAGCAAGGCUUCUGCUCCCCAUCGUUUGACAGCUUGAUUGAAAUCAAGAGUAAGAGUAGUAAAGCUGCUUAGGCUACUGCUGUCCAUAAUUUGAUGAGUUGAUUAAAGCAGACAAAAAAAAAAAAAAAAUGUAAUGUACCUGUUGCUGUGGCAACAAGUGUACUAGUAUAGUAUUAAAUAAGACCCCAGUGGUUAAGAAUAUGAAUUUCCACUGUGAGGUUCCUCAUUUUUUUUCAUUUAAAAUUAGAGAAAAAAUAAUGGCAUGUACCUUUUAUUACUUUCAAUUGACAAAUGGAAGGUAAAUUGACCCUUCCUUUGAAUUCAGAAAUUUUUUUUUCUAAAUCCGCCUCUGAUGUAGUUAUUGUUUUUGGAAAACUAAAUGUAUUGUCCAUUAAGGCUUUAACGGCUAAAAAUAAAAAUUUCCAGUGUCUAAUUUGCUUUCAA